AUGGGUUGUACUAUUUAUAAUCCAACAAUUAAACGUUACUAUUCUUAUUUCUAUUAUCCAGUUAUGGCCGGUAUUCUCCCAUUAACAAUUACUCUGACAACUAGUAUAUUGGCUUAUAACAACGUUCGUCGAAUUAUACGGCGACAACUACCAGUAAUUCGCCGACGUCUUGAUCGUCAAAUGACAGCAAUGACUUUGGCACGUGUUUUGGUUCUUAUUAUAUGUGGUGUACCAUUUGUUUGUAUUUCUCUAUAUCAACUUAAUAUAAACAACAGUGAAAAUAAUUAUAUGGAAUUAUCAAUCGUUGGUUUAUUAUUAUCAAUAACUACUUCAAUCAUGCAUGCUAAUUUUGUGGUCAGUUUUUAUGUCUUUUUGAUUGUAUCACCACGUUUUCGUCGUCAAGCAAAAUAUGUUUUGUUUAAAAAAUGUUGGCGCUUCAUUAAAUCGCUAUGUGAUAGAACGCCAACAAAUCCACAAAGCAAUCAAGUUUCUCCUGAAAUAGUUGAACGAAGUCUUUUGCCUAACGAACUAGAAUAA